GAGGCUAAGCAGCAACGACAAACCGAUGAUAUAUCCUCUUUUAUGAUUGUGUAGUUUUCUGGGACGACAUCCGCGAUUAUAUUCAUUGUCAAGCUCCUCUUGGCGGUCAGAUAUCGCAAUGUUAAUGGUUUUAUUUCACGAGCAGCUGUUUGGUGACAUUUAAAUGUUUGAAUGUGCUCUAAAACGCUCUGACAGCGGUUUGUUGAUGUUUCUUUCCCGGAGGUGUGCGUGUGAGUCUCGCCAAAACGAAACGGGAAAAAAAUUUACAGUUCCUUUAAAUAUUCGAUGAAAUGAGCAUAAUGGAGUGCCCAAGUCCUGAUCAAUUUAGUCAGAUAUGUCGAUUGUGUUUAGGGAGAUCGGAGCUAGUGACAAUCUUUGACUGGAACCCGAGGACAGGGAGAGCGAUUCUCAGUUUCUUAGUGCAGCAAACCGUUGAAAUGCUGGGUUUAACAAUAGAACCUUCGGAUAGUUACCCAAAGAAAAUCUGCAUAAUCUGCAAAGAUUUUCUACGCAAACUGUACAAGUUCAGAAAUCAGUGCCAUGAAGCGAACGACCUGCUCGUGGAGCGCUUUUCUAGAAAGACAGAAGAUCAGCUAGAAGAACAGAAUCAGCCGCAGCAACAAUCGGAUCAAACUCGAACUGUUGAAUUUUCCGAUCCAAUACGAAGAUCAACCACCGCCGAAAGUUCCCAGCAAGCAAAACAUGUUGAAUCUACACCGGUUCGUGAAACGCACCAAGAGGCCGAUUCCAGUAGCAGUAAUCAUGAAUCACCGAAUGUAAAAGUUGAAGUGAACUUUCCUCAAACUACAACUGUGGACGAGGAGGAAUUGUCUGCCGAAGAGUACGAAUAUUUGGAAGGGGAAGUAGAAGAGCUGGAAAUCAAACAUAUUCUUCCCCAAGAUUCAUCGGAAACAUUAACCCAAUAUGAGUGCUUGAAUACCCAGCAGGAGGACUCCGAAACGGAUGAACAACAAAUUGGGCUAGUUAUAGACGAGGACGUCGAUCCGGACGAUUGUGAACUCGAGAAUAGCGAGAAAGAGCCGGGCCCUUCAAAACCUAAUUCUAGCAGAGGUCAAUUAUGCAAGGUGUGUGGAAAGCGCUCGACAUGCAUGAAAUAUCACAUGAUGUGUCACACAGGAGAAAGACCUUUUGAGUGUUACUUCUGUGACAAGAAAUUCCGAACAAGUACCAAAUUAAACACCCAUGUGAACGGGGUCCAUUUGAAGCUUAGAAACUAUGCUUGUGAAGUGUGCGACAAGAAAUUUUUAGAUGCCGGUAAUUUGAGAAAUCAUCGAGUUACCCACGGAGGUGAACGUAAGUUUAUUUGCGAUUACGGGGAUUGCGGAAAGUCGUUCGCAUUACCGGGGACACUAGCGGUUCACAAAAAGUCACAUACUCAAGAUAGACAAUUUGAGUGUGAAUAUUGCUCUAAGCUAUUUUUGUACAAGUGGUUACUGGUGAAACAUCUACGAAUUCACACGGGUGAAAAACCAUAUGAGUGCAAUGUUUGUAACAAAAAAUUCACCACCAUAACUCAUAUGCACUCCCAUAAGAAGAUUCACGAUCCAAACAGGCAAAAACCUACCAGGAAGCGGAAAAAGACUGGGAAAAAAUCAUCAAAUGAACAACGACAGGAUUCCGAUACUUCAGACUUCGUAGGAUCCGAAAAUUAAUCUCGAAAUUCAUCAUAUUCCCACGACGAUCACAACUGAUAAGUUGACAUAAUUGUGUAAAUAAAAAAUAAAC